GAGCGGUAUCGCGCAGGCCACGUACUACGGCGCCGCCGGCAUCACCGAGGAGCUGCUGCGCGGCCAGCUCUACCCCGAAGCGGCGCCCGAGGAGUUCCGCGUGCUGCUGGCCAAGCUCACGGCCGCGCUCAAGCAUGAAGAGGAGCAGGGUGUGUAGCUGCUCGAUGGGUACUGCUUGGGAGAAGGUUUCUGAGGCACACUGGUGCCCACAGUGAAAUGUCUGCAUGGACAGUGCACUUCAAGGAACUCGACUUACUGCGUUUGAUUCAUGCAAGCCAAUAAUAUCAAUAGCCUCAGCAGAUAUGGAUUUGAACCAGCUGGAAGCCUUUCUUACUGCCCAAACCAAAAAACAAGGCGGUAUCACAGCAGAUCAAGCAGCAGUCAUUGCAAAAUUUUGGAAAAGCCACAGAACAAAGAUUCGAGAGAGCCUGAUAAAUCAAAGCCGGUGGGACAACACCUUGAGAAAUGUGAAUUGGAGAGUAGAUUUGAAGUCACAGUCAAGGCACAUUGAUCAAAUAAACACCCCUGUUGCAAUAGUUGAAAUGGAGCUGGGGAAAAAUGGGAAGGAAUCUGAUUUUCUGUGUCUGGAAUUUGAUGAAGCCAGAGUGAAUCAAAUGUUGAAGAAACUGUCUGAGAUCGAAGAGAGCAUAAGCACGCUGACUCAGACCACUUGACCAGCACGAUAAACAGGUUUCAGCUCAGAACAUCAAUGACCUUAGUACUUUUUUCUUUUUCUAUUUGUUAUUCAUUACAUUGGUGCCAUAAUCUUCCACUUGCAUUUAAUCAUAACAUUUUUAAAAAGCCCAGUCUCCUUUCUGCCACUGUGGAACACUUUCUCAUAGGACUGUUCCCUUUGAUGGGCUAUUUGCCUAAGUGCUUGACAGCUGAGUAAGGCUUUGCAUAAUCAAGACUGGUAUAUCAGAGGAGUUUGGCUUUUCUCUUCCUGUCUCUCAAUGAUUUGUUGCGUCUUCCGGCUCUUAUGAAUAUUGAGCCAACUACUGGGCCAAAGUUAAUACCAAAGAUAAAUUGAACAGCCUGUAGAAGAAGACAGAGACAGGUUAAAGGUAGCCGAGGAUUUUCCUUACAAAGUCAAAGCUGUCUAGGAUCACUUUUCCCCAUUCUGGUUAGUACCCAAGAUGGAAAACUGACCCCUCAGCCCAAGUCGGGGAUACAGUCUGUUAUGCACUGUUUCAAAAAACUAACAAAACCUCAAGCAAGUGGAUCCACGUGAGAUUAAGAGGGGAAACUGCCCCAGGUAGAGAAAAAGUGGGAAAGAGGGAUUCUGAUUAAUGCUCCAGCUCCCAUUAUACUUUGACUUCCAUAUGCGAAUCUAACUAUACCAUUCAGAACACUGUCGAAAAGAGUUGCCAGAUUAUGUAACGGAAGCAAAUGUGUCAGCCAUUCCAGAGCAUGAGGAAGAACCCCUUGGUGAAUAUAUUAUAUGGCCCUGUUUUUCCUUUCUCAACUAGGUUAUAAUUAUUAGAGCAAAUAGAAACCCCAGACAGGAAAUAACAACUUCAGUUUGUUAACAGACCUUUUCCCAAUUUAACACGUUUAUCACUGCCUCGUGGUGUUUAACUCUUAUUUACUCACAAAGGAUCUCAUUUUACAAAAUGCCAAGCAAUCCUAACUCUUGUGGAUUCAUAUUAAGCAUAGAUUUGGCCCUCAGUCUUCAUUGCAGUGAAUGCCACUGAAUAAAGAAAUGAAACCAUCAUGCAAUGAAGAUGUGCAGGAUAGAAACCUUUAUUUUUAUCUGUUAACCUAAGACUGUUGUCAGACAGAAGUAGAUCAGUCCAAAUACAACUUUCAUUUAUGUUUUUUAUUUGUCUGUAAAUUUAGGACCCAAAGGAGUCACAGGAAGUUUUGACACUGCCUUAUUUAAGCCUGUAUGUGUGUGUAAGUGCCGUUUAUUUUGGAACUGCUGUGUUUGGCAUGGCCUGGUGUGGCCUUGAGGCUGUAUGCAGAUACAGAAUUUUUCCAACUGAUGUGUCUUAAACAGAGGUUUGUUUUUAGUGCACUCAAUUUAAAACAAAUUUUAAUUUUUCUCAACCCACUUCCUCCCUUUCCAUGGGCUGCCAACGGGAUGUUUCUUUUAUUCAGUAGUAGUCAUGCUACUGAGAAUUUUGAUAGUCUUCUGUGUCAGCUUUUCCUUACCAAAAAAUGUAAGACUCUCCCUUUUUUUUUUUGUGGCUAUUGCAUUAUACAUUCUCCAUAGAUAGAGGACAAACUGCAUUGCCCACAAAGAUUUGGCCAGGAGAAUUUUCCAUCUUUACUAGGUUGUGUUUGCUAUUAUACUGAAGAACAUCAGUGAGGUGACCAAAGAAAAAAAUAAGGAAGAUGUUUGAAAAGAUUAAGGUGGCAAAAUGAAAUGCAAGAAAAAUAAACCUCAGCUCAGGCAAACUGACCCACCAUGCUAUUGAAAUCUGUGUCUGUCUGUAUGAAGCCUCAGGGUGAAGUCAUAGAGUGCGAAGACCUAAAAUGUGUGCAUGGGAGAAGGGGGAACUAAUGUUUGUGUGCAUUGAUCAACAAACAGUUAUCUAAAACUUCUAUUUCAGUAGCACCUUGAGGUCCCAACUGUAGUGCCUAGGUUCUGCAAAAUAUACACCAUUGCAUACUUCCAGCUUCCCUAAGUCUUAUAAUCUAAAACAGCAAGUAUGAGAUACAAAGAGUUAAGGGGUUGAGAGACAGAUAUACUCAUUCUGUAUUCCUUUGCCUUCUAUGUCCGUGAUGACCCAGAAAGUGUGACAGUUUCUCAUCAGGGGCAAUAAUUGUGCAGCCAGCACCAUUCUUUCUGUUGACUGGAGCAAUUCUGAAGUGAAAGGUCAAGAUUCUGCAUUCCCAGUAGUGACCACUUUGCUUUUUCUAUUAUUGAUGGCUAAACGCAUCUACCCAUUAGGGUAGAGGUUGCAUUGAUUCUUUCAGUUUAUUGAGCCUCUUUGUAAACUGCCCCUAGAGCUAAAAUUAUACUACGUGUCUGUACUGAGAUAGUGAUGACAGCAUAAAAUACUGAUGUGUGAUAAUUAAAGAACAUUUCAUUGUC